GGACCGCCGUCCUCUCCCGGCGAACAGCCGAGGCUCCGGGACAGCUGAGCGGCCGCCUCAGGGGCUGCGACCCUGCCCGCGGGGGCCGGGCUGUUCGGGGCGCUCCCGCCCCGCUCCCUCGGAGCCGCCCCGCCGCCGCUGCGUGGGGCUGGGCCGGGCGGAGACACCCACCUCCUCGGGCACCUCCUCCCGGUCGUGCGGCGGAGGAGGCCGCGGCCUGGGCCGGGGGAGCUGGCGUGGCGGGAAAUGGCGGCGGAGCCGGGCUGAGCCGAGCUGUGGGGGACGAGAGCGGCGCCAUGAGGCUGCUACGCGCCCUCCUGCGUGGCGCCUCCCCGGGCAGCAUCCCGCAGCAGGUGGACUUCUACUCGCGCUUCUCCCCUUCGCCGCUCUCUAUGAAGCAGUUCCUGGACUUCGGAUCUGAAAAUGCUUGUGAAAAGACUUCAUUUAUGUUUCUGCGACAAGAGUUGCCUGUGAGACUGGCAAACAUAAUGAAGGAAAUAAGCCUGCUUCCAGACAACCUCCUCAAAACACCUUCAGUCCAGCUGGUGCAGAGCUGGUAUGUCCAAAGUCUUCAGGAGAUCCUUGACUUUAAAGACAAGAGUUCAGAAGAUUCAGGGGUUGUUAAUAGUUUUACAGAUACUGUCAUAAAAAUCCGGAAUCGACACAAUGAUGUAAUUCCUACGAUGGCUCAAGGAGUAGUAGAGUACAAGGAGAGCUUUGGCAUUGAUCCAGUGACCUCACAGAAUGUGCAGUAUUUUUUAGACCGUUUCUACAUGAGUCGCAUUUCAAUUAGAAUGCUCCUUAAUCAACACUCUUUGCUGUUUGGUGGGAAAUUGAAUCCAGCUCAUCCAAAACACAUUGGAAGCAUUGAUCCUAGCUGCAAUGUUGUUGAAGUUAUUAGAGAUGGCUAUGAAAGUGCCAAGACACUUUGUGAUUUGUAUUACAUGAGCUCUCCAGAACUCAUCCUUGAAGAGCUGAAUGUUAAGUCACCAGGACAGCCCAUGCAAGUGGUGUAUGUGCCAUCACAUCUCUAUCACAUGGUUUUUGAACUUUUCAAGAAUGCGAUGAGAGCCACCAUGGAACAUAAUGCUGAUCGAUGCAUUUAUCCUCCAAUUCAUGUAUACGUCACACUGGGAAACGAGGAUUUAACUGUGAAGAUGCGUGAUCGUGGUGGAGGUGUUCCUAUGAGGAAAAUUGAUAGACUGUUCAACUACAUGUAUUCAACAGCACCACGUCCACACGUUGAGACAUCACGAGCUACACCUUUGGCUGGAUUUGGUUAUGGCUUACCCAUAUCACGUCUGUAUGCACAGUAUUUCCAAGGAGACCUGAAACUGUAUUCCUUAGAAGGCUAUGGUACAGAUGCAGUUAUUUACAUAAAGGCCUUAUCAACAGAAUCAAUCGAAAGACUCCCUGUGUACAACAAAGCAGCCUGGAAACAUUAUAAAGGAAACCACGAAGCAGAUGAUUGGUGUGUGCCAAGCAGUGAGCCAAAAGACAUGACCACUUUUCGCAGUAUAUAGCAUUUUCCUCAACAGUUUGUAAGAAGUAGAUGUGUCUGUAAAGGGAAUUUAAAAGACCUGAUUUACACCAAGAAGCUAAGCCACAUUUGAUACGUGAAGAUAAUUGUAAGUGGAGUAACAAAAGGUUCAAUGUAAUUAUUCUUUUCUGGAAUUUAAAAACAAAACAUCAAACAAAACCUAAGAAAACCUCCAAACCCGUACAUACUUUUAAAUUUUAAGCGAGAAGGGCACACUUAAUUUGUUCCACUUUCUAUUUAUGACUACUUUCAGUAGCUAAGUCAAGUCAAAGAAGCAGUUAUUUUGGUUUUGUAGGGACAGAUGCAAUCUGUAUCACAUCUGGUGAGAAAUGUAUUAAUUCAUAUAAUUACAAAAUUGUUUUAAUAGAAGAACUAUUGAAAAAGCUCACCAUUGCAUAUUUCCAUUAUUAAUGAAAAACUCAUGUAAGAAAUCUGGAGGAACUCACUGCUAUACGUUUGCACCUGUAUGGCACUUCCUAUUCUUUUGCUAAAGCAUGCUGAAGCCUAAUUUUGCGAAGUUAGAUAUUUUGCUUACAUCAAGGUUUUUUGCAGCUGUAGAAAUCACACAUAGGUCUGUAGGGAUUAAAAAUAAACAAAAGAAAAAAAUGUAGUUCUAGCUGCUACCACUGGUAUAAGGCAUCUCAGGUAUAUGUUAUCAGUCAUAUUUGUUUGGUUGUAAAGUGCAUAUUUAAUACUGAAAAACUUCUUUUGCCAUGAUCAUUGUGAAUUAUCAAGUAGUGUUGGGUUGUGUAUAGUAAAGAUGCUAUCUUGCAUUUGCUUGUAUUUCUGUAGGUAAUACCAAAACACAGUAUCAGUGUUCUAGCCCUACUGAAAUCUCAGACUCUGGGGUAUAUCAGGUUACAGCUGUAAAUGGAAACUACUUUAAUAAACAGAUUUUUUAAAUUUGCCCUCAGGGCAUUUUUAUUACUUUGACAAUAGAAACUACCUUCUCAGGAGUAUUUAUUAAAAAGUGGAAUUAACAGGUUUUGAAAAUACAUUUGUGAUGUGCUUCUGGCCUCAUUUCUGUAGUUACUGGAAGUCACACUACAGAAUAAAUGAGGUAAGCAGAAUGUCUUUAUCAGUCAAAGGCAAACUGUCAAAACAUACAGGGAAGACAGAAAGGAAUGAGUAUAAUGUAUCAGGUACUAAGUCCUAUUUUAAUAAAGGAUUCAACUUCUUUUAAUGCCUAUUGUGCCACCUUUGUUCAAAUCAUACACAUCUAUGUUGCAGCCUAAUCCCUAUUUUAAGAGGGAUACAGUUAAAGACAUCAAUAACUAAGCCUUUCUCAGUUAAUUGAUUGCAUGUAAUUCUGUGAUUUUUGUUCUGUAGCAGACAUGCUGAAUCCCUCUCAGAAAUAAUAUGCCUAAAUUUUUCUAGUUUAUUAGCUCUGCACACAGUAGAAGGCGAGAUACCAGAGUAAAGGGAAUAGCUGGUAUGUUAGAAAUUUAAGUAAUGCUAUUCUAGUUGUAGCUGAGCCAGAUUAAAGAUUAUCACGUGCAACCUCCCCAGCCUAGUUCUGUAUAACAAGAAAAUGGUUUUAUGCCCUGGUCAAGCUCAUGUAGGUCACUUUAACAGGAGUAGUUUACAGAAUAUACACUGUUAAACUAACACACUGAGGGAGGAUUAAUCUAGCUUAAUUGCCACCAGAACAGUACAGUUACCUGCUCUACCCAAGCUUGUGGGCCCUCCGAGAGGUCCCUGUUCAUCUUCUUUACGAGGAUGCGAGGUGGUGGCUGGCAUACCUCUCAACCUGCAUGGCUACGAGUGAGGAGAAUCUCUAGCUGUGCUUUUCUUCAACCCUGCAAGAGGAUGUAUGUGAAAAUUCCAUAUGUUGUAAAAUGAGGCCUGUACAAAACAGAGGGAAUGCCUGCAGCUAUUGCUAAACUGAAGCUGAAAGCUAAAGCAAGGGAUUUAAAAAAACUCAACUCUGAAGCUGAACGUUCUAGCUUUCACGUCAACUUGGAAAUGUUUAACUAACUUAAAGGAACUGAUUUUAGUGUCUGAUUUUUAGCAUCUGAGAACUACAAGAGAUGUUUCAAAAAAAAAAAAAUCUAACACUGUUUUCUAGAAAGUCUAUGAAGUUUUCAUAUGGUAUUAUUGAAAUAAAACUUUUCAUGCUCUCAGCUAGCUACCAAUUGAAUUCUGAUUAGUAAUACAGCUUGCUGUGUAAUUAUGUUUGUAUCUAUCUCCUCACCUGCCACCCCAUGUGACUGUGGUGAAAACACAAACAUAGUAAUGUUUUGGUUUACAAUGUUUAACCCUACUUACAAGUUUGAUCUUUGAUUGCUUUUGAUUUAAAUAGAAGUUCAGAAGAUAAUUUUUUGCUUAGUAGUUUCGUUACUGUACUGAAGUCACUGCUAACACACUUGGCUAGGUUGAAGUGAAUCACUGUAGAAAACUGGUAUACUAGCUCAGCUAUCCAAAUGCUGAGAUUAAUAGUUUUGUAUGCAAAUGAACUGUCUUGCACUGUAAAAUUAAUCUUGGUUUGUGUUAACAUACAUUUUUGAAAGAAUCACUACAUUUAUUCAUUAAAACUAUUAAUAUUGUAAAAAUUAAA